CAGGACGCACAAGUCUAGCUUUUUCUAGCUGCGGCGCAGGCAGGGAACACGUGUCGGGCACAUGGUGCAGGAAGCUUCUUGUUAAAGUACUUAGCCGCGGCUAAGCGGAGUCGGUCUUCCAUUUGAAAAGCAGAUGCGAGCGAGCAGUUGGAAGGAGGAUCCCCACCAGCCAGGAGAUGAAUGUCUCCGCUGCGUAAUCGAUAGCCGCUCCUCAGCAGCCGCAGCAGUCGCGCGUGUAUGUAGCCCAAGGCCGAGCGAAAUGUCGCGCGUACAGGCGUAGCGUAUGAACCACAGAGAUCGUGUCAUUCGUCAGAGUACGUGUUUAUUAUUCCGUCUUGUGAGCCUUCGCCAAAUUAACAGUUGGUCCGAUCGAAGAAUCGGCCUUUAUCGUCGUGAGAGAAAUGACGCGUCGCCUCGGGCAUUUAUCGCUCGAAUCAUCUCUUAUCAUCCUCUGUCAAUGUAAACAAUUAGAAGUCAAGAAGAUAUAAGCAAUGCGAGUGAUUAAUGUGGCCUAUACAGAUAAUCCGGUUUCUGUGCUGCUAUACACAUCUGUGGACGACAAACGUGAGCGCCGACGCGCCAAGAAUGUCGAAAGCGAUGGUUAAAACGUAUCACAGAAAAAUGUGGUGUUGCAGGUAAUCCUCAGCGUUACGUUAUCAAGGGAGCAAGUUGCUUUUGCAAAACAAAAGGCAACAAUAUUCACGAAUUUAUUUCGAGAACACUACAUGUUUAAAUUUUAUAUAUGUAAUUCGGUUAUAUAUUUGUGCAUAUAACAAAUUUAUUUUUUAUGCGGAAAUGACAUCACGGCAUUCAACAGUGCUUCGAGUCUGCAGCCUCCCUGGUUUAUGAUUUACGUUUACGCAAUAGUCUAACGAAAAAACGAUAAAAGUUAUUCUUAUAAAAUAGUGUUGUAGUCUGUCAGACCAGAAUUUUUCUUUUUUUCAAAAUAAAUACGAAUGUAUGUAUUUCUUGUUGCUUUCUCCGGCCUGAAAAAGUAAUUUGUCUCUUAAUUAAGAUUCUACAUUAAAAAAUAUCAAGAUAUCAUUACGUAUAUAUAUUUAGAAAUUUAUAGCCAUAAUUAGUGGAGUAUCGAAAGCUGGUAUUAUUCCACCGUGUAAGAUCAAGAAUCUGAAGUUCAACGUACCGACGUUCUUAAGAAGCUGCAAGAAGGGAGACGACUCUUCCGAGAACUUCCUGUCCAACACGGUGGAGAAUAAUGCGAGCGAUACAUCGAUCGAAUGAACAAAGAGCGAUUUGAAUCCUACGUUAGAAUGGCAACGGCAUUGGAAAACAAUGCGGAAUCCGUACGAGAGGCGUUUCUCAAAUUAACCGAGGAAUACAUCCGCCGCGGGGCCGCGACGUACGAUUUAAAAUCCGUGACGUUGAACGCGAAGAAUCGCGGUCUCGCGGUUCUGCAGCGCGAGCACCGGAAGAGAGUGCUGGCGGUGUUGCUGGCGCCGAUCCUCUACAGCCUGAUCCACGGCGGGUAUCUGCGCGCGACGAAUCCGCUGAGGAGCAUCCAGGAGACGCGAUGCCUGUUGCCGAACAAUUAUCUCGUGUGGGAGUUCACGAGGCCUGUGUCGAACUGCGACUAUUGCCGCGACGUCGACGCGCCGUUGAUCCUGCCGAAUUUGACCAGGGAGGAGUUCCGCGCCUAUUCCUACUCGUCGCGACCCAUGAUCAUUAAAAACGCCACCCACGAUUGGCCAGCGCGCAACGAAUUCACCCUGCAAUUCUUCCGGGAUCUGUACGAGCGCACCGAGGGUGCUUACGAGUCCGUAGAGGAGGAAUGCCAGUUCUUACAUUUCAAGAGCGACUUCGCGAACCUGCGCGAGGUCUUCGCGAUGAGCGAACGGCGCGCGUUGCACCGCGACGGCGAGAACGCCUGGUACGUCGGCUGGAAGAACUGCCAUCCGCGGGUUUUGGACGCGAUGAGGCCUUUUUACAGCGUGCCCCGCUUCUUGCCGGAGGACGCCGAGAUCCCGUACAGCAAUUACGUUUUCUUGGGCUACGAAGAGGGUGCCGUUAUGCACCUCGAUUACAUCUCAAGGCUCAUGUGGCAGGCUCAGGUAAUCGGCAGCAAAACAUGGACCGUGGCUCCCACGCCGGAAUGCGACAGCGAGUGCAAAUCCUUCGAAUUCUCCGUCGACACUGCGGACGUCGUACUGUUGGACACGCGCAUCUGGUACCACAGCACUUACGUCGAGAACGGCGAGCUCAGUUUAACGGUCACUUCCGAGUACGGGUAGAUUUUUAAUAACCUUUUUUAAUAGCCUUUUGAAGUCUAAUUAGAGACUCUUAUUGGAGACUGAAGAUUGCGGAAAGAUUACAACUUGACCAAUCGAGACGAAGCGAGUCGAGAUUGAUUUAUCAAAUUCUAAUCUCUAAUCCGCAGUCCUCAAUCUCCAACAUCCAGUCUGAUACGGGCUGAUGCUUUACAGACUGCUUGGAUAGGAUUUCAAGCAGUGCUCUUCUUCCUUUUUAUCCGUCCGCGAGUAUCAGAGGAUACACAUACCAGGUACAAUUCAUACAUCAACUUGUGAGCUUCAAGUUGCCGUUGAUCCGCCUGUUUGCGUUUCAACGGUCGGUACUGACCUAUUUCUUUCUUUCCUCGCAUGGUAUCACCUCGAUUAGUAAAACUGUCGAAACGAAUGAAUAAAUUAAACGCAUAUUAUUAAGAAACGAAUAGCUCAUGACAGAAAUAUCUCGAGGACUUCCUAGCGUAAGUUUUCUCUCAUUCAAUUGUACAUAGAUAAUCCAGAGGAAGAUCCAUAUUGAUCUUCGCCUUUUAUACUCGACUACAUCACUGCGCCACACGAUGUAUCGUGUAAUUUUUGUCUUGUAACUUUUAAUAAAAAAAUUGAGAGAAAGAUUUGCGCGUACGUUUCUAGCGAAUGCGUGUGUGGUCGUGCGGAUUGAUCAUCCAAAGAGAGAGAGACAGAGAGAGAAGGAUAUAUUCACAUGUGUAAACUUUUAUUGUAUAGUAAUAUAGAAUCGCGUGAAACACAACAAUACAAUCGGUUCCCGAAAAGAACGUUAGAAAUCAUUCUAAAUACUGGUGUUAAUACGUGACGGCGUCGUCGCGGGUACUCGCGAUCGCACUCGUGCUCUACACAUCACGUGACGCUGCAUCAGAGAGAAACAGUGGUGCGUGUUCGGCGUACGUGUCUUCGAGGCUACCUCGUUCGGAUAACGAGGGAACUUGCUGUGUAACAAACAUAGGAACACUUUGUUACGUUAAAUGCGAGACGAGACAGAAUUUUGCGGUGUUUGCCCAAGGUGGAAUGCGUAUCGAUUGCGUUAUAUAACUCACUGGUGUAACACGCACAUUCUCACUGGUACUUCUUCGUGUAAGCCGGUGGACUUUCCUGAAAAUUACCGACAAGAUUUAUAUCUCACGUGUGCGUUAAAAGAUUCUCCGAGCGCGCUAUAUUACAUAGCUGCAUAAUAUCCAAAUAUUGGCUAUUUAUGUAUUUACGAUUAUCUUUAUUGCGAUAUUUUAUCGUUAUCUAUAUCGAGAUAAGAUAUAUACGAUGUAUUUAUUCGUGAUAAAAUCAGAAAGAGAAUAAUAGCGCAAGGUGAGACGCCGCUGUCUUUGUUGCAUCAAAGGAAAACAAAGAUAAAGAACGAGACGGAAAGUCAAUGAGAGCCAGUACAGAUUGUUCAUUUUGCGAGACUUACAAUAAAAUUUAUAAAAUAUAUAUAUUAUAAGCACGUUA